AUGGAUGAGAUGCGGCAGAUAUACCCAGGUGUUGAUGACUCGAGGCUGAUCCAGAUAGUGCAGAGCACAGGAGUGUUAAAUGGAGAGGUUUGUGAACCGAUCGAUGUAGCUAAUGCAGNGGUUUACCUCGCAUCCGAUGAUUCAAAAUACGUAAACGGGCAUAAUCUGGUGGUAGAUGGAGGAUUCACAAGNAUGGGUAUUAUUCAUCAUCAGUUCGUCCCGGGUGGUGCACAGGUCGUGGGUCAAUUUGUAACGAUGACUUGUAUCCUUACUCAGUCCCGAUUUAUCCAUUUGCUCAAUUUGGUUAAUGGUUGGUCAAGAAAUACGGUUCAUUAUGAUGUUGGUGGGCUCGUCAACCAUUUUAUGAUGGAUUGGCUACCUGGGCAGGAGGGGGUUAUUCAUCCGGUCGGUAGUGUGGUGGCCGGAGCCGCCGCCGCCGAUGUUGCUGCAAAUGUCCAGGGAGACGAGAUUGAUGUUGAUGACCAAAUGGGAGCAGAAUUGCAAGUGAUUUUUGACGCACCCCAAGAGAACGCUGACGCACACUAA